AUGGCCGCACUGCGGGGCACGUCAACAUGGUCUGUAAGCCGGCUGUUGUCGGCCUUGCUGCUGGUCUCUACCCGAUUCACCACUGCAUACGACCUGGACGUGAAUGAUCCCAGCAAUGUCAAGUCCAUCGCCAGGAAGAUGACGGAGGAUCUCAUGUCCUUCUACGACGGAGACAAGCCGGGGAAGACACCCGGUCUCCUUCCCGACCCAUACUACUGGUGGGAAGCUGGCGCUAUGAUGGGUACGAUGAUCGACUACUGGUACUUCACAGGCGACGAUACCUGGAACGAUGUUGUCACCCAGGGCCUCCUCCACCAAGUCGGCAAAUUCAACGACUACAUGCCAGAGAAUCAGACACGAACUGAGGGUAACGACGACCAGGGAUUCUGGGGACUCGCCGUCAUGUCGGCUGCCGAGCUUAAGUUCCCCGACCCGCCCUCAGACCAACCUCAGUGGCUUGCCCUCGCUCAGGCAGUCUUUAAUACACAGGCCGCUCGAUGGGAUCCGGAUCACUGCGCAGGUGGACUGAGGUGGCAGAUCUUCCAAUGGAAUAACGGAUACGACUACAAGAACACCAUCUCACAGGCCUGCUUCUUCGCCUUGGCCGGUCGUCUCGCGCUGUAUACCGGUAACUCAUCGUACGCGGAAUGGGCCGACAAGACCUGGGAUUGGAUGGUAGGCGUCAAGUUCAUCUCGGACGAUUACUAUGUGUACGAUGGCGGCCACAUCCAGUACAACUGCACGAACAUCGUACCGUAUCAAUGGACCUAUAACGCUGGCGGCAUGAUACUCGGAGCAGCAGCCAUGUACAACCACACCGGCAGCGAAGUGUGGAAGAACAGGCUUGACGGCCUGAUGAAAGGUUCCGAUGUGUUUUUCGUUGGUCCGGAAACCAACAUCAUGCAAGAGGUGGCAUGUGAAACAGUCGAACUUUGCAACCUUGACCAGAGAUCCUUCAAGGCGUACCUCAGCCGUUGGAUGGCUGCCAUCACCAAAUGGGCGCCGUAUCUUCAUGAUCGUGUGAUGGACAAACUCCGCCCAUCGUCGAUCGCCGCCGCAGCCCAGUGCAAGGGUGGCUCCAACGGUCGAAUGUGUGGACUGAAGUGGACAGAAAACGGGACCUGGGAUGGCAUGCAAGGCGUUGGAGAGCAGAUGGCGGCCCUCGAGGUCACACUCAGCAACCUCAUUGACGAAUCGAAAGCACCGGUCACUGCGGGUGGCGGCGGAACCUCUGUGGGCGAUCCAGGUGCCGGUGGUAAUGACAUUGGCCGAACAGUUCCUGCCGUCGCCGUCCUCCCGCCUCUAGGUCCCGGCGAGACGGCUGGAGCAGCAAUUCUGACCUUCAUUGUCCUUGCGUUGUUAAUCGCUGGCAUCAUCUGGAUGUUCAUGGAUGAAACGUCAGAGAAGUCUCUCCAAGAGCGGUUCUUUGAUUUCAGGUCUGCACUCCUUGGUGGUGGCGCCAUCGCAGCCUUGUCCACAAGAAGGAAGACGGAUGAUUUGAAUGAGAAGGGCAAAGGAGUCGAUCGUGAUACUUCAAGUGACGGGAGAAGUUCGCGCGACCACGGUAUUAUUACACCCUUACCAACAAAAGCCCACGCCUUCGACGACGGGAGACAGAGGGGCAGUAUGGUGUCCCAGAUGUCGGGUGCCACAGACGUGGCGGGCAUCCCGAUGGUGAGAGAGAAGAGGCUGAGCAGAAAGAGCAGAAACCCUGCUUUGCGGAAUAGUCGAAACGACUUCAUCAUGGCGCGAGAAUACCUCUACCUGGCCUCGUCGGCUGUCCUGGGGACAUACGUGCUCUGGACAGCCGCCGAGACAUACCUCGCCCACAGCGGCAGACCGCACCUCUCACCCUCUCACGACCUCGCAUUCCCCCUCCUCGCCGCGCUCUUCACCCUCCCGACGCUGGUGCUCUACCGGAAAGCGAGCUACCUCCUCAAGAUGAAGGCGCGCGGGUGCGCCGAGGCGCCGAGCUUCCCGCACACGGACCCCAUCUUCGGCAGCGACUGGGUGCGCGCGUCGAUGGCCAAGCAGGAGGAGCACGGGCUGCUGGAGUGGUGGGAGACGGUGUUCGACCGGCUGGGGUGGACGUGGUGGGUCAAGACGCCCGUGACGUGGGUGCUGAUGACGACGGAGCCGGAGAACCUCAAGACGAUCCUGGCGUCGGGGUUCCAGGACUGGCCGAUCAUGGGGCCGCGGCGGGAUGUGAUUGCGCCGAUUCUGGGGGAGGAGGCCAUCUUUGCGGCGAACGGGCAGGCGUGGCAUGACGCGCGCGCGAUGAUGAGGCCUACGUUUGUGAGGAACCAGAUUGCUGAUUUGGCGUGUUUUGAGAGGCAUGUUGGGAAUCUGAUCAAGCGGAUCCCGAAGGAUGGGCAGACGGUGGAUUUGCAGGGGCUUUUGUACAUGAUGACCAUGGACUCGGCGACGGAUUUCAUGUUUGGCCAGUCUACGUCUAUGCUCACAACACCAUCAGCUGAGGCAUCCGAGUUCACGGCCACCUUCGAAUACAUCCUCACCCGCUCAGCCAUCCGCUCCCGUUUGGGUCUGUUCACCUUCUUGGAUCGGGACAACAAGUGGGAUGAGGGACUGAAGAUCAUCGACAACUAUUGCGACAACUACAUCAAGCGUGUCAAGGCCGAAGAGAAGGACCCCGAAAGAGCUUACGUAUUUCUGCACCAAAUGAUGGACCAGGGUACUACCCCGGAGUUCGUGCGCGGGCAGCUGCUUUCCAUGAUCCUCGCGGGUCGCGACACCACGGCAUCGACGCUCUCCGCGCUCUUCUGGAUCUUGGCACGAAGGCCCGAGGUGGUAGCCCGCCUGAGAGACGAGAUCGAACUAGAGCUCGGUGAGCGGCAGCCGACGUGGGAGGAGAUGAAGGAUAUGAAGUACCUCAACAUGGUGCUGAAGGAGAUUCUGCGGCUGUACCCGACAGUUGCGACCAUGUCACGCGGCGCAGCGCGAGAUACCACCCUCCCAGUUGGCGGUGGGCCCGACGGCAAAUCGCCCGUGUUCGUUCCGAAGGGGACACUCGUACGUUGGUCCAUGUACAUCACUCAUCGGAGAAAGGACAUCUGGGGUGAAGAUGCCGACGAGUUUCGUCCUGAGCGUUGGGAGGAUCGUCGCCCGGGUUGGGAUUACCUGCCCUUUUCUGGUGGUCCAAGGAUUUGCAUUGGCCAGCAAUUCGCUCUGACACAAAUGGCCUACUUCGUUGUGAGAGUCUUGCAGACGUUCAAGACGAUUGAGCCGAAGGAUGAGAGGCGGUUGGCUCAAACCGUGGGCAUCACGACCAAGCUACCGCAUGAUGUUCUCCUAAGCUUCACACCGGCUUGA